UGGUUAAUAUAUUCAAAGCAUUCGAACGAAUGGCUUCGCAUUGGCACAAAUUUGUCAUAAGAGCGGAUUGUACCCUAAUAUGUGAACAUAUGCGAAGAAUCAUUAGUAUUGUUGGUGAUCCAACUAAAUCGCGAGAUAUUGUCGUUCAGYGAAGAAGCGAUAUCAUGAAUCGUGUAAACAAGACACAUCGUUUGUAUGAUGCGUUACAAUAUCCAAUCAUUUAUUGGCAAGGGCAAGACGGGUACGACAUCACAUUGAAGAUGGUCGAUCCAAUUACAGGCAUAUCAACGAAUAAAAAUCUAAGCGCAAUGAAUUACUAUGCGUAUCGUAUGAUGAUUCGUACACAUGAGGAGAAUGUCAUUAUGAAGUGCCGUCGGUUAUUAAAGCAGUUAGCUGUCGACAUGUAUGUCAAAGUCGAGACCAAACGUUUAGCGUUCAUCUGAUUCAAUCAGGCAAAGUUACGACCCUCCUGUUCAGAAUAUUGGAUGUCUGACGAUUCUCCCAUCAUCUUAUAUCGGAAGCCCGAGCCACAUAUACGAAUACGCUCAAGACGCUAUGACGUACGUGUGAAGUUAUGGAACUCCGGAUUUAUUUAUUACGUUCACAUGCAAUCCGAAGAGCACGAAAAUUGAACGUGAGUUGGAACCGGGCCAAAAAUCGCAAGAUCGCCAUUACAUAAUCGCCAGAGUAUUUCAGCAAAAACUCAAGGAUAUGAUGGAUCUGCUUACUAAGUAUCGAGGUUUUGGUGACACACGUUGUUAUGUGUAUUCGGUGGAAUGGCAGAAGCGUGGACUACUGCUUGCUCAUAUCCUAAUUUGGUUGAUGAACAAAUUAUAUUCAAAUGAAGUGGGUGACAUCAUAUCCGCUGAAAUUCCUGAUCCAGUCACUGAUCCCCAUCUACACGACAUUGCGAUGACACAGAUGGUGCGUGGACCGUGCGGUGCAUUAAAUCCAUUAUCGCAUUGCAUGGCUGAUGGAAUGUGCACAAAACGAUAUCCGCGAGUUGCUGAAACAGUCAAAGGGAAAGAUGCAUAUCCAGUUUAUCUUCGGCGUUCAAAAGAAUAUAAUGGUCGAACUAUCAAAGUUAAAGUUCAAAAUCAAGAGAUUGAGAUCGAAAAUGAAUUCAUUGUACCAUAUCGCUCGCUGCUAUCAAGAUUUUUCGAAACACAUGCAAACGUUGAGAGUUGUCAUUCGGCCAAAUCAAUCAAGUAUUUGUGCAAGUACACAUGGCUGUGUUUGGUAUUGCGUCGGAAAAUACGAAUGACGAAAUCAGCAACUUCCAAAUGGGCAGAUACGUCAGUACUAAUGAAGUACUGUGGCGAUUAUUGUCAUUUCAAAUUCAUGAAAGAUAUCUCACAGUUGUACAUUUAGCAGUGCAUUUGGAAAAUGGCUAAUGAAUUUACUUCACUGAGCCUAAUAGCGGAAACAGUCAAAAUAGCUACUCCAUUCCACCCUUUUCCUUCCUUAGCGAGAAAAAUGCGAACAAACACC